GACUUCUGUUGCCCGUUGGAUCAAUCGCAUGCUCACGGUUAUGCCGCCGUAAAUACCCAUCAUCCACAGCAACCGUGAAAACCCAUCGCUCCCCCGUGGUAAGAGUCAUUCCGGCCACCUCAGUUUGUUUGUCACUUUCGUCUUUACCUCCACAAAAAAGGAGUUUGAAUUUGUUGUUCCCGCCUCCGUCUGCCGCUCUCCUCCUUUUCCUUUCUUUGUGUGAAAUUUGCAGGUCAGAAAUUUAUUGUUGAAUUUUCUAGUAUAUACUAGUUCCACAAGUGACUCAUUAACUACGAAGCACGGAACACUCCUCAGAUUAGGUGUGUCCUUGUGUCGGACACCAAAAGAAGCUAUUGAUGAGUUUUAUAACAUUGGGGCCAUAUCAACUGUAGGUAUUAGCAAUUGAUCAAGAAAUUUCAGUCGGCAUUGCUCCCUCCAUUGAGUGUUUUCUACCUUCAAAGCUGAGAUCAUAAGGAUGGUUGAAUUCUCGAUAAGUAAUGCUAGAUAUACUUACGUGCAUGAUCAGAAAUACCCCUCGGAAAAUGCUGACAUGCACCAUAUAAUUCUGAGGAGGAGUGGUUCAAAAUAUAUUUUUGUGUAUGCCUCAGCACUUCUUGUAUUAGCAUGUGCCAUCUAUCUAUAUUUUCUUGAGGAAAAAUCGAUUAGUCUUGUAUAUUACAGCUUGCUUUUUGACAUAUUUCUUGUCAAGUUGUUACUUCGGAAGCCUGUUAAUAAAGAGUCUGUUGUGAUUAUGCCAGCUUUUGGAGUACAACUUGAGACUCACUAUAUGAGUGGAAAAGUCGUCCGAUGCUUUGUUCCCAUUGACAAGAUUCUAAAACCUGUUUUACUAGAAUGUGUGACUCCAGUGACUUGCUACUGGACUCUAUCCUUGAUUGUUCGCGAAGAAUCUGAAAUGGUGUUAGUUUUCAAGAAUUUGCGACCACCAAUUAAAAUGCUGGUUCAUGUUUGGAAAGCCUUGUGUGCUGCAACUGAUAACAAAGAAGAGACUUGUACACAUGCAAAGUAGGUGGUAGAUAGCUAUGAGUUACUUAUACUCCUGGAAUCGCAAAAAGAUAACAGCUAUGACUAUACUGGUUCCGGACUCGCCGAUAUGAUCUGAAGUUGAUAGUUUGGAAUAUAAAAUCAUUUUAAAUAUUUCAGGUAAUUUGGGUAAUUCAGCAAAUUUGAUGGUAAUUAAAAUUAUUAUGUUAUCAAGAGUAAUUCUAUACUUA